AUGAACCAACCAGUGAAGUCAGAAGCCAAAGGGCAUACCAGAAACAAAUCAUCUACAUCACGCAGUAUGUAUCGCGGUGCACGUUUACCUGUCGGUACGCUAACGCCUGCAGCAUCGAGACCGCGGGCAUCAACAAAAGGACCGCUAGACGUCGACGAUGACCCUCUUUCCACGCCCGGAACACCCUCUGCAUCACAUGGCUCGCCGAACCCCAGCCUACGCCGCCCCCCCGCGUCCCCACGCGCACGCCCGACGGCCUCAUCCCCCGUCUCACAAAUUGGCGAGCCGCAGCGCAAAGACUUUUCCUUCCUGAUGCGAGCUGAAAUUUACCACCCGCUGACGCCCCUCAACGUGCCCCUCGCGUUCCGCAGCGCGCCGGGGCAGCCCGACCCGCGGGGCCGGCCAGAGGACCUGCUCGCGCGGGGCCACUUUCGCGCCGCCGCCAUCGCCGCCGUGCAGGAGCUGACCGGCAGCGGCGGCAGUCGCCCCAGCGUCGACCCGCGUGACACGCGGCGCAUCUUUGACCUGCUGUACACGCGUCUCGCGUGCCUGACGCUCAUCGACGCCACGCCACUCGCUGCGCAGGAAGUCAAGGCGCUCGAGGACCUCGCAAGCGUGCGCACCUACGUCGAUGAUGCCACCGGUGAGCACCUGGUGCCGUGGGAGCUGCGCGUGCUCAACGUGCGGCUGCAGGCGCUCGGAUUUGGCGACCCACGCCGCGCUGUCAUGAGCUACCACGACUUGGGGCGUGAGGCCCGCGAGCGCAUCGCCACAGCCGCGGCGCGCCAUGCGCACUCCGAGACGGAACUAUGGAAGGCGCGCCUACAGGAGCUCGGCAUCAAGGUUGCCGGCGCGCUCGUCGACAUGGAUGACCUGCCUGGCGCGGCGCACCAGCUGCGGAGCCUGCGUGGCCACGGCGACGCGCGCCUGGAGCUGGCCCGGGCGCUGCUGUGGCUGCAGCUGGGCGACGCCGAAAGUGCAAAGGAAUGGAAUCAUCCUGGCACUGUGCGACAUGGCCGAGGCGGACUACGAGGCGGCGCUGGCGCGGUGGCAAGCGCUGCGGUCAGGGCUCGACGACGAGAUGGUGAGCGUUAA